ACACACACACACACACACACACACGCACGCACGCACACACACACACACACACACACACACACACACACACACACACACUCUCUCACAGCUGAAUGGCAACAUGUCGCAGCACACUCUUGCAGUUCACCUGCAGAUCCUUCUGGCGGUGGGUCUAGCUGUGUUUUGCUACUGUCUGGUUCUCGGCUGUGUCCUUUGCUGUCGCAGAAGAAAAAGCGUUUCAUCGGAGGACAAGGAGGCUGUGUUCCUGUCUCCUCAUCCUGCAGAGAGAGUCACUUUGACUCUGGUGAAGCAGCAAUACGAGGAGCUGGAUGGAGACGUGUUGGAGUUCCCGUCGUCUAACAGCAUCUCUUCUCCAUCAGAGGACGAUUUCACCGCUCUGCUCUUUGACCCAAACCCCAAUAACCUGUUGCAAUCACCAUCUUCUUCUUUCCCGAUGCGUCGCCUCAGCACCCCGGCUGUCCCUUGCUCACCUAUAAAUAAAUGCCCGAGUCAUGGAAGAGCUUCCCUGCCCUCCCUCACUAAGUUGUGCAAGUCCAAGUGUCGGAGAAGCACCGUGAGUGGAGAAAGCUUCCUGUACAGCUGGAACAAACUACCAGAAAUAUGCAGCGGUCACCUGACACCUCCCAGCCACCAGGGGAAGCCAUAUUAUCCAUCCCAGUAUGGCUCUAACUCCACUUUAAAACCAGCUCCUCUCCUCCACUUCACCCUGAUCUUCUCCUCCACCUGUGGCACCCUAAUGGUCAACAUCCUGGGGCUUUCGGGGGUCAAUCGAAGGCGUACGGGGGUGUUUGUUAGGGCUAGCCUACCCCCACUUUGCCCCUCCCCUCAGCGGACGACGUCCAGGCGCCGCAGCCUCAGCACGGAGCUCCACGGUCAGAGCCUGGUGCUGCAGGUGGGCUCUGUGGUGGAGCUGCGGAGCUGCACCCUGAGGCUGGCGGUGUUCAGCCGGGAGUUCUCCGGCCUGAGGGAGGCGGCGUUGGGAUCGGUGGAGCUGCCCUGUGAAACGCUCGAGUGGGAACCGGAUAAAACUUCAACCUACAGCCGGCAGCUCAACCCAACCAAAAGCAAGCUGAAGAAGAGUGUGAGCUCCCAGGAAACUCUGGGUCGCAGGAAGAGCUCGGUGUGUGUGCCGCGGGUUUUGGGCCAGCUGUUCGUCCUGCUGCAGUUUCAGACUCUGGCUCAGCGAAUCAAAGUGAUGGUCAGGAAGGCAGAGAAUCUGGCAAAGCUCACACGCAUCCCAGGAACUGCAGACCACUACGUUGUCAUCAACCUGCGUCAGGAUGGGAAGGUUAUCGGUACGAAGGAGACCAAAGGGGCGAGCGGUUCGAAUCCCGUCUGGAACGCUCCCUUCCUGUUCGACCUGCCACCUGGGGACAUCUCCCAGCUGGUGCUCGAGUUCAUCAUCAUGCAGGGCCGUCUCUACACUAAGAGCAGUAUUCUGGGUCGGGUGUUAAUCGGCGACGAUACCUCAGAGGAGGGUCAGGGACACUGGAAGGAAAUGUGCAGCCGGGGGCAAAUAGAGACGGCUCGCUGGCACAACAUCCAAUCAGGCGGGCUGCACUGAAUACAACAACUCUCAGACUGAAUCACCUCCCGACAGCGAAACACAGAGAGUGGGAAUAACGUGCAAUGGGGCGCCAAAGUAUUUAAUUUGAGCCCUUUAGGAUCAGAUGUGGAUUUUGUUUGCUUUGGCAACUUUGAUAGAAGCCAUAAUUAUAAUCAUGCAUUGAAUAACUGGUCAUGCUGUUUUAGAAAGAGACGGAUAUGCAGAUACUGUAUAUGCAGCUGCUCUCUCCAUAUCAACAGUUUGCAUCUCAACAUUGCCUUUGUGAUUAUCUCCACUGUGACUUCUUAAAAACGGUAUAAAUGUACAACUGUGUCGUUCUGGUUAAAUGCAACUUGUGCUGACAUUGUUGUAAUGUAUGUAGUGGGGUAGAAGUACUAAGUAACAUACAACCACCUCUGGUCAAUAAUGAUAGAUCUUAAUGUCAAUAAAUGGUCUUUAUUUCACAUCA